AUGAAGCCGCGUCAUGCCUGGCACCGCGACGUUCAGCUUGUGGGUUUAAUCUUCGUGGCAAGCACGCUACUCCUCGGCGUGACUCUCCACUCAUUGAUUAUCUCUUCGCUUACAAACGAUGAAUGGUCAAUGCUUCACUUUCCUACGUCUUUGGAAACUGCUCAACAACUAGGUGAAAUAUUACAACGGCUUGCAGAGCGUCAACUGAAUUCACUACUGCUCGCACAUAUGGGAUGUUACUUGUACCUCCAAACGUUUGCUAUCCCGGGUACUGUGUUUUUUAAUCUACUUGGUGGCGCAUUGUUUGGUGUGACGCUGGGAUUUCCUCUUUGCUUGGUCUACAAUACACUCGGAUCCAUCUUUAUGUUCCUCUUAUCCCGCCAUUUUGGUCACCGCGUCGUCAUACGUUUCUUUCCUCACAAACUUGAAAGUUUGAAACAAAUGCUGGACGUACAUCGUGACGAAAUGACGUUGUACAUGAUUUUUUUGCGAGUCUUUCCAUUCACACCAAAUUGGUUUAUCAACAUGGCAUCGCCUCAUUUGGCCAUUCCAUUAAGCCAGUUCACUCUGGGUCCAUUGAUCGGUCUGAUUCCAUACAAUUUCUUAAGCUGUAAAGCUGGACUUAUACUACGUAAGCUACGAACUCGUGGAGAUAUUAUUGACCAAGCAACGACACUACAACUUAUUGUAGUCGCUUGUAUUGGUGGUAUUAUACUACCUCGACUUAAAAAGCACUUUGCUACGACCUCUACUAAACUAGAUUAA